CACACCCACAUGCACACAAACACACGCACCACGACUGAGAGUGGUGGGUGGAAGGGGAGGAGACUGUGUCUGUAAGGUUGAGCUGUUUACAGUGUGGGUUUAUAAAACAGCAGACGAGGGGGGGCAUCCCUACAAAGAGGGAGCCGGGAGGAGAAACGGCAGACGGGGAUAGGAAGAGUGACUGAGAGGAUAGAGAGCAUCUGAGAGAGAGGGUUCGCAUGCAGGACCGUGAAUAAACAGCAGGCAGACGUUGGGGUGCUUUUUUUUUUACUUCCACCACAACUGCUACAGCUGAGGAGAUGCUUAUGUGAUGAAAGCAAUUGAUUGUGCAUAGUAAGCAAGAAGCUUUCUUCCUUUGUAUUGAUAAAGAGCAGGAAUUCAUAAAUUGCUGCAUCUUAGAGUGUCUCAUUAUGGAUGACUCUAGGGAACUUACUGAAUAGAUCUCAGCACUGCAUCAUGGUUCAGCAAAGGACCCACAAAUACUCGUCGGUCAUGGAUGGCAAUUCUACCAGAGAGGUCUUUGUGGGACUGGCGGCAGAGGAUGAUACUGAGGUGUAUGGACAUGUUCCUUCUAACAAAGAUCCCAACUGGUGCAAAACUCCAACUGGGCACAUCAAGAGACCAAUGAACGCUUUUAUGGUCUGGUCCCAGAUUGAGAGACGGAAGAUCAUGGAGCAGUGGCCUGACAUGCACAAUGCUGAGAUUUCAAAGCGCCUUGGAAAGCGCUGGAAACUACUGCCUGAUUACGAGAAGAUACCCUUCAUCAAAGAGGCUGAAAGGUUGCGUCUAAAGCACAUGGCUGACUAUCCAGACUACAAGUACCGGCCCAGGAAGAAGAGCAAGUGUUCCACUCCAGUGAAACUUGGAGAGAAGUUGCCUAUGAAAUCCAGCAGGUCCCAUUCAGGAAGAUCUAUCGGGCUGUCCUGCAAAGGGCUAAAGAUCAAACCUGCUUCUAACAAGCCUAAAAUGAACUCUAAUGGCAAUAAAUAUAAGAGCUACAGCGAGAGCAUGAGUGAUGACGACAUGAUGGAUGUAAACAUAGACAGUCCAGUGACUCUGCAAGAUGAUCACAACCAGUCAAGUAACUUUGUCCUUCACCAGCAGGCUACCGUUCCCGCCGAGGACCAGCAACCAGUUCCUGAGCUCAGAGUGAAAGUGGCCAUCUCUCAAACCAGCAGCAUCCAGAGUCUCUCCUCGGACAAAGAGUGCCAGGCACUUCCGGAGUGCACAACGAGCGAGCCACGAGGGUUGACGUCUGGAAGAUCCUCCACUCCAACCUCAACCAGCUCCUCCUCUUUGGUGUCAUCAGCUUGUUCGGAUGAGGAAUUAGACGAGGAACUCUUGCAUAUCAUUUCUAACAGUAUGCCUAUGGACAGCUCCGCUCUGGACAAGGACUUUGAAGCAUUUCAUGCUAACUCAGGAUCCCAUUUUGACUUCCCAGAUUACUGCACUCCAGAGGUGAAUGAAAUGAUUUCUGGGGACUUGCUUGUGCCCAGCAUCUCAGACCUAGUGUUCACUUACUAAAGUCGAGCCCUUUUUAAUGUGGGCAGGCCUGCAUAGCUGCCAAUUUGAAAAUAUUUUGUCCAUGUUGUACUUGGACAAUUCCUUUUUCCAUGUGUUUAUUUUCUCACUGAAUUCCAUAAGUGCUACUGCUUUCCUUUCCAAGCAUGUCACAUCUUGUUAGUUUAGCUAACAGACACACAGGGCUAUGCAGAGCUGUUCAGGACAGUAAGACAUUCCGAUUUAUUUUAGCUCUACAGAGGCAACUGGAUAUAGUGCUUAGACACAUGAAAAUCAUUUUACCAGCUGUCUAGAUAAAUGUCUUAAACUAAUCGCUAAGUGCCUGAUGGGCAGCAGUUAGAGGCAAGGAUUUUAUCAAUUUAAAGGGGAAAAUUCACCUAAAAAAAAAAAUUCUGUCAUCAUUUACUCAUCUACACAAAUUACUUUCUUCACAAAAUACAAAAGAAGAUACUUUGAAUGUGUCAGCUGUUUUUGUCCAUGUAAACCACUGACUUUCAUUCUUCAAAAUAUCUUCUUUUGUGGUCUACAGAAGCCAGAAUGCCAUUAGUGUGAGGAUAUGAUGACCAUUUUCUUUUUUUUUCUUUUUUUUGGGUGAACAAGCCCUUUAUUAUACAGCACUGUAAUUUUCAUCACUGCUCAUAAAAUUAGCUCUUAAUCAUGAUUCAUUGAAAUGUGAUUUUCCCCAGAAGUUUCAAUAUAGAGGUCUGCUGACAGAUUUGGUGCAUUCAUAUUCGGAAACAAAAAUGAUGAAAAGGAAAGGAUGAGCAAAGUCAUUUAUUAUAACCUCCAGCACUUAAAGGUAAAGCAUCAGUAACUUUGCAGAGGAAAUCACUGCAGACACAUAGUUCAUAUCUUAUUUUUUAAUUAGGUAAUAGCACUUUCAUCACCUUGCUGUUGCCGCAGACGUUAAGACACAUGUGAUUUAAAAGCAGCUCUGCAUCUGCCCCGCAUGCAGGUGUGUGUGUGUCAGUGUGUGCCUGAACUGUUUGGACUGUGGACAAAAGGGGGUUGAGGUUAGGGUUUGGGGGUUGGGAUUGAUUCUUUCAGGGAACUGUGCAUCUGUCCAUGCAGCCAGCAGCUUUUAUGCAGGGGUCAGACUCUGUGCUUACUGAGCGUCUGCCGGGGUGGGGAGGUGUGCGAGGGGGGGCUCCCACACCGAUUUGCUAAAAUGCAUGUCAUGUCUGCAGUCUGGCUGCAGCUGCCCCGAUCAGGGUGAGAAAUCUGUGUCUGCCAGCUGGCCCCCAUUGACUCUCUCAGGGAUCGUUUGUCUGGGUCCUAGUGCCUCCUGUAGGUAAUUCAUCUGUGAUGAUCUGUGUAUGAGCGUCUCUUUCUCUCUUGGAGUAACUAUCCAAAGCCAACUGAAGUGACAGAUUGCCCAGUAUACUGGAUAUACCGUAUACCUGAAAACCCACAUGCUCUUAUUAAUUUCAGUUCAGUUGGCACCCGGGAGACUGGCAUUAUUUACCUCCCACCACCAGUUGUCAGAAAAGGGACAACAAAUCCAUAUCUUACAUAAACUGUGAAUAUGCAGCAGCGUGCAGUGCAAAGCGAAAGAACACAAAAUGAAAGGAAUUUACUGUGCAUUUGCUCUUGGUUUAAACAGUCUCCAUAUAGUUGUGUUUCUUAUUGUAGGAGAGAUUUGGCUGAACUAGUUAUGUACGAUCAGUAUAAUUUUUAAUAGUUUGCUAAAUCUUAGUUUUAUCAAGUGGUUUUAAGAACAAUGCCACAUUCAGUGGUCCUACUACACAUGUAAUUCAGGUAUCUACAUUUCAAGUGAAAAGGGAAAUGGUGUUAAACAUGAGGGCCAAUAGGAAAGAUGACAUGGUUUGUGAUGCGAGGCCUUCAUUCAUAAAACACAAAAAUAUAAGGAUUUUCAUUGCCUCAAUAUAUAUGUAUAGCGCAGAAAGAUUUAGUGCUUUAAGACUGAAAUGAUGGCAUUUUAAAUACUCAAAAUUGUAGAAACUGUAGCAAUAACCCAAGUUAUUGGAAACAUUUGUUUCACUAUAAGUGAGGCAUUGGAUGGCAUUAAUUUCGUAAUACAAAAAAGGUAAUUUGUAUUGCGAAAAUCCAAACUCAAGUUUGCAUGUGUUAUAAAUAAGGAGUUGUGAAUAGGUAAACAAAAGGCUUGGGCCUUCAACGAUCAUUAGGAAGAUGAUUACAAUACGUCCACUAUUUUAGCAGAUUCUCCACUACUGAAAUUGUGAAAUAGCUCACCAAACCUGAAAUUCACACACAGGAACGAGUCUUUGCAUUAAGACGUAUGGCAAUCAAAAAUGUCUCCAUACACUCUUGAAAUGUAUCAGGUCACUCACUGAACCAAUACAGUACCAAACACCAGCAGUCAAUUAAACAGACUCAGGACUAAAACAUCAGCCCACUGUGGAUCUGCUUUGAUUCAGCCAUUAAUAAGAUGCACUCCGUUUGGCCAUUGUAUGUCAUUGUAGAUGAUCUGCAAACUGUAUGUGCAUCUGCAUCUGAACUGUAUGUAGCAUCAAAGGUCAAUCUGCAAAGUUGUACCUUUUUAAAUAUUAAAUAUUAAAAAAAUGGCACAAUAGUUUUGGGUGCAUUUUUCAACUGUAAAUAAAACAUCUAUUUAAAUGUUUACGUUUACAAUUUGCGAGUAUAUAUAUAAUUUUUUUUCCUCAUUUUGUUAUUGUUUGUUUUAUUUUUAUUUCAUAGACUUAUCAUUCUGACAGUCAUUUAUGUAUUUGAUAAUUUACUAGAAGCGCCAGAAAAUAGGAAUGACAUAUUGCAGAUGGGCUCAGGCAAAUUAGUGUCAAAGUGAUAAAUGCAGAAAGCUGUAUAUAACUGAAGCAGUGUAAAAAUACCCAUCUGGUCGGCACCUCCCACUUCUGGGCUGGCAAUUAAUGAACAGCUUUCUGUGGGAUAGAAAACCAAGGACAAUGCUAAUAUCAUCACACAGGCCAGACUCAGCUUUGCUAAACCUGUCAUAUGCAAAGCAAGCACUUCCUCAUUUCCAUGUCUGUCGGAAACAUGCUGCCAAAAUCAGUGAUUGCUUCCAAAAGAGUCUUAUUACAGAACAUGAACCAGUCUUCCCUUUCAGAACUGAACAAUUUUUAUAGCACUAAAGCUGAUCUAUCACAGCAGACUUCAGAAACCAACACAGUGGUUUGUACUGCAACAAAACCAAGCUCCUGACCUGAGAUUUGCCAAAGCAAAACUGUUUAUAGACCCAGAUCUCAUUUAUAAUCUCAGCAUGGUUCUGUUUCAGCGUUACAGACUGUACUGUUAGGGAGAAAUCUUAUGCUGUUUCCCAAUUUCCCGAUCUCACGGCAAUUCGUACAUUUUUCACAAGGUGGCUUAUUCGUACGAAUUUGUACGACCACACUCUUACAAAUUCAUACGAUUGUUGCCAAAUCGUACGUAUUUUACGAGUUGCACAAUUCGUAUGAAUUUGUACGAAUGACCUACACCUAACCCCGCCCCUAAACCUAACCGUCACUGGGGUUUAGACAAAUCGUAUAAAAUCAUACGAGUGAGGUCGUACAAAUUCGAACGAAUAAGCCACCUUGUAAAAUACGUACGAAUUGGCCGUGAGAUAGCGUAGCAAUUUCCCCACAUUAAGAGUCAUCAGCUAAAGCAUUCUUCAGAAUCAAUUAGUGGUCAAACUAUGACCAUGUUGCCUCAAAUACAUUGUUUUACAUUUUUCAUAGUUAGAUAGUUCUCUGAUAGUUUUUUCAAACAAAAUAAUAUAAGAUUUCCACUAAGUUUAUUAUUACUAUUAUUCCUUAUGCAAUCAAAACUUCUGAAUGACUUCUGAAUGGUCACACGUUUAAUCUACAGAUUAUUAUGUUGUUUGAAAUCUAGCGGUCUGGAUGUUUCAGUCAUUGUUAUCCAGUAUUAUCCAGCUGUCAUCCAGGUCUAUCAAUGUCAUGCUGUACUUGAUUACACGGUUAGAAACUGGUAGGAACUGAUACAUCAAGACAACUCUCGGUAGGCUUGAGUGUUAUAGUUUGGGAUACAUUUUCAGUCAUUCUCCUCAAUGCACUGCAAUGAAAUGCACAAAACCUUUCAAUAGACAGGAGACUUCUACAUGUUAGUUCAAUAGAGUUUUGAACAAUUAUAAUGGCUUAAUUCAUGUGUAUUUUUGCAUCCGUAGUGUGCUAUAGUAUCUAUGUAUGUCAUAGCAGGUACUGAGCACAAAUAGAAAUGGAAGUACUUUUGUGUACAUAACGAUGGUAGCAGUGCAGUUUGUUGUUUUAAUGGACUUAUCAGUAUAAUGACACCCUCGUUAAUAAACUGCUUUGGUCGACAUAUAAACUUU